CAGUGAUUAAUGGGGAGAAAGGGAGCAUCUAUCGGUCUUUCUCAGCCUACACCUUGUUCUGGGAGGAAGACACUGAAAAGGUGCAAGAAUAAUGAGGAAGCAGAUAAUGUGGUUGUGAUUGACGUUGAAAAUUACAGUUUCGAUGAUGUUAUCAUUAUUGACGUUGCUGAAGCAUUCCCGAAGAAACUACAAGGUUCAAGUGCAUUGAGAAAAGAUAGAAAAUAUCCAUUGAGGACUGUCAUUUGCAUUGAUGAUGAUAAUGAAUACACUAACAAUGAGGAUCCUGAAAUAGAAGUCACAGAUGAUGGCAACUUCCACAGUGAUGCCUCCUCCUCCACAAUGAGAUCUUGCCCUGCUUCCAACCACCCGCGAAACUCUACGGAUGCAGGUGAUGAUGGGUGUCAGUUUGAUCAGGAAAAGACGUCGCCAGUGAGGUUGUCAAAGUGCAAACGAACCUAUUCUGGAAAAGCUUCAUCCAGAAACCGUUAUGGUCUGAAUACUGAAUUCGGGAGUGGUUCAUCCAACAAUGAUUGUCCUGAUUGUGAGGUUAUGGAAGACUCUUCUGGGAAGCUUCGAGAGAAAUGGGAAAGAGCUUCCUCGAAGAGGAAGUAUGAUGUCCACAAUGGUCAAUCCGGAAGGGGAGACUAUGCUAGUGUUUCUAGGGUUUUUACUGACACUCACCAAGAUAUUGGAUUAGAAAAGAAGACUGAGCAGCAAAUGGAAACCCCGGUUUGCACUUGUUCAAGCAAAGCUGAUUGUGAACAAGAAGACCUAUCUCCUUUUAAUGCAAUGGGUGAUGGCAAUUUGGGGAGCACUUCUCAAAAUUCAAAGAAGACCACCUUUGAUGAUUUGUCUUUGAAGUCAAUGCCAAAAACACAAGACUUUCAGGCUGAUGUUCCGCACAGAGCAGACCCGUUAACAGAAGAUCCUUCCUGCACAUAUACAGAGCGGCGAAAUCAUCAAUACUUUGAGAAAGGUGGUUCCAGUUUUCACAAUGAAGAAGAACCAAAUUCUCAUGCACACAAAUCUUUCCAGGAUAGAGAGAAAGCUCCGCUGGCAGAACCUUGUUUGUCUAAAUGUGAGUCAAGUGUUGUUUUUUGCCAGCGGAAAGCUUUUUUGGCAGAUGAAGAGGCUCCCUCAUUUGAUGGCAAACAUUCAGUUGAAACUGAAAUGGAUAGUGGCAAAUUUGUUUUCGGAGACAAAGAUGAAAAUUUUCUGCAGACACCUACUUGCAACUCUCAUUUUUCGGAGGAGCCAAACGAUGGAAGAAUUAUUUCUGAGAACCUGAAAUCCAUGUCCAGAUCAUCUUCAUUUUUGAAUACUCAAGCAUUUGAUGAAACACAGGUUAAUCUUUGUCCUUCCAGUGACAAAGUCAGAGUUAAUCCUGUGGAAGCUUUCUGCCACAUAAGUCCAUCACUAGGAACGUCAGGAAUCAGUGUUGAAAAGGAUUGCCAUCAAGAAAAUGGAGAACGAUCUACUGAGGAACCAACUUUCUACAACUGUGUUCUUAAUGAAGCACAACCUAAACAGGAGAGGUCUCUAAUGGUGGAGGAAGAAAAAGAAUUAGAUGAAUCCGUGACCACUGGUCAGCAGAAUGAUGAAAGUUAUAAUUUAUUGCACAAUCAAGGUGGUGAUGUUAUGCAUGCUGUUCAAAGUUGUAUUAUUAAUGAACGGGAAAUUCUGAAGCAGACUGAUGACUAUAAAAGAGCAAUGGAGGAAGAAUGGGCAUCCAGGCAACGGGAGUUACAGAUUCAGGCGGAAGAAGCACAACAGCUGCGGCGCUUACGGAAGAGAAGAAAAGCUGAAAGCAUGCGUCUCCUGGAUAUGGAAAGAAGACAAAAGCAACGGCUGGAGGAAAUGAGGGAGACUCAAAAGAAGGAUGAGGAGAAUAUGAACCUGAAAGAGCAAGUUCGUGCAGAAGUGAGGAAGGAGCUUAAUAAACUGGAAAUAUCAUGUCAUGAUAUGGCUUCACUAUUGCGUGGCUUAGGAAUCCAUACGAGUGGUGCACUACAUCCAUUACCUCAUGAGGUGCAUGCAGCUUAUAAACGGGCGGUGCUAACCUUCCACCCAGAUCGAGCCUCGGGAUCUGACAUGCGUCAGCUGGUUGAAGCUGAGGAGAAAUUUAAGCUUAUUUCUCGGAUGAAGGAGAAAUUUUUGUUGACUUCAUGAUACCCUAAUGCAAACAAAUUGUUAAGAUUAUUACCAGAGCUUUUCAGUCGUCUCACUUUUAGGGUUUGGAUGUUGUUCUAGGUAUGCCAUGCUACCACUGGCAUUUAGUCCAUUUGCUCUCUCCCUGUGGGUAGGCAAAUCAUUUUUUGUAAAUCGGUUUGUAUUCAUAAGCCCUGCAGAGCAAUUUUAGAGGAAGUGUACUCCCUUUUUGUUUUAGUUUUCAGUUUUGGCAUGAUGUUUAGACUGCUGCAUUCUCUGUUACGAAAUGUAGAUUAUGGAACAUAGCAAUGUUUAUCAGAAAGAUGUAAAGGGUAUGACAAGGACUUUUACUGUUUCACCAUGUUUUAUUCAAAGGAUACAGAUUCUGUU